AUGGCAUGGAUGGAGGGAAUGGAGGCUCUGUUGGAUCGUGAUGCUGACCCAAAUGCCACGGACCGUGUGCAGCAAGCCCCUUUGCAUGGCGCAGCACGCAGGGGUGACGCUCGAGCGGUGUCGCUCCUGCUGCGCAACCGAGCCAACGUCAAUGCACCAGGCUGGACUGCUGUCCUCUGGAAGAAAUCGCGUACAUGGUGCUGA